CCGUCGGACCGGGCAGAAGGCCGGAAGUGGCGCGGCCGCUAUGGCGGCGCCCGGAGCGCCCGGGCCGGGCCCUGCCGCGGGCCCUGCCGCGGGCUCUGCCCCGGGCUCUGCCCCGAGCUCUGCCCCGAGCUCUGCCCCGGGCUCUCUCCCGCCUCCUGCCGCGGGGCCGCUCCCGCCGCCGCUCCCGCUGCCUGCCACCGUGCUGAUGGCGGCGCGGGCGCAGCUCGCCGCGCCCUCCCGCCUCCUGCCCGCGGCCGCCGCCGGCGCCGCGCUCCGCCUGCAGCUCAGCGUGGAACCGGCCCCCGGCGGCCGCCGCCGCUUCCGCCUCGGGCUGAGGCUGCCGGAGGCGGGAGGGGGCGCGCCCCUGGCAGAGUUCGACCUGCGGGACGUGUCCUACCGCGUGCGGGGCCCCGCGAGCCACGAGCUGGAGCUGCCGGGACCGGGAUCGGGACCGGGAUCGGGACCGGGACCGGGAUCGGGGACAGGGACAGGGACGGCACCGGGGACGGGCCCGGCCACGGUGACCCUGCGGUUCCCCGAGGAGCGGGAGGCACAGCAGUGGUGGACGGUGCUGAGCAGCUCCCUCAGGGAGGCCCGGAGAGCCUCGGAGGCCCCGGGGGACGCGGGGACAGCCCCGGGGGACACCGGGACAGCCCCCGAGGCCCCGCCCCCGUCCCUACCCGCGGCGGACCCGGAGCAGGACCCGGAGGAGCUGCAGACCCUGGAGCUGGCAGAGAGAGAGGAGCUGUGCCUCCGCCUGGCCGAUGCCAUCUCCGCGGGGGACGAGGCGGUGGCCGCUCAGAGCGCGGCGUUGCUGGCGCGGCACCACACGGAGCUGAGCGUGAGCCUGAGGGACACCAACUACCCCGGGGGGGAGCUCAGCAUGGCCGUGUGGGUGGAAGACGCCACGUCCUCGGCCAACAUCACCCUGCGGGUGCGGCCCCACCUCACCAUCGGCACCCUCAAGGAGCAGGUGUUCCAGGAGCUGGGGUUCCACCCUCGCGUGCAGCGCUGGAUCAUCGGGCAGUGCCUGUGCUCCGACGGGCGCUCCGUGGGCUCGUACGGGGUGCGGCGGGACGGGGACGCCGCGUUCCUGUACCUGCUGUCGGCGGGGGUGGCGGGGCUGACGCGGCACGAGCAGGCCCAGGCGCUGCUGCGGGCCCUGCCCGGGGACGGGGCGGCCAACGGGGACCGAGGGAGCCACGAGAGCCGAGGGAGCCACGAGAACCGAGGGAGCCACGAGAGCCGAGGGAGCCACGAGAGCCGAGGGAGCCACGAGAACCGAGGGAGCCACGCGGGGCCCGCGGUGCCUCUGCUGCUGCUGCUGCUGCUGCUGCUCCUUCCUCCUCCUCCUCCUGCUCCUCCUGCUCCUGCUCCUCCUGCUCCUUCCUCCUGCUCCUUCUCCUCCUCACCUGGGUACGGGCACACUGCCUCCUCCUCCUGCUGCUGCUGCUCCUGCUGCUCCUUCCUCCUCCUCCUGCUGCUCCUGCUGCUCCUUCCUCCUCCUCCUCCUGCUGCUCCUGCUGCUCCUUCCUCCUCCUCCUCCUGCUGCUCCUGCUGCUCCUUCUUGCUCCUUCUCCUGCUCCUGCUCCUUCCUCCUGCUCCUUCUCCUCCUCACCUGGGUACGGGCACAUGGCCUCCUCCUCCUGCUGCUGCUGCUGCUGCUGCUCCUUCCUCCUGCUCCUCCUCCUCCUGCUCCUGCUGCUCCUUCCUCCUGCUCCUUCUCCUCCUCACUGGGGUACGGGCACACUGCCUCCUCCUCCUGCUGCUGCUGCUGCUGCUGCUCCUUCCUCCUGCUCCUGCUGCUCCUUCCUCCUGCUCCUGCUGCUCCUUCCUGCUCCUUCCUCCUGCUCCUUCUCCUCCUCACUGGGGUACGGGCACACUGCCUCCUCCUCCUGCUGCUGCUGCUCCUGCUGCUCCUUCCUCCUGCUCCUGCUGCUCCUUCCUCCUGCUCCUGCUGCUCCUUCCUGCUCCUUCCUCCUGCUCCUUCUCCUCCUCACCGGGGUACGGGCACACUGCCUCCUCCUCCUGCUGCUGCUGCUCCUGCUGCUCCUUCCUCCUCCUCCUCCUGCUGCUCCUGCUGCUCCUUCUUGCUCCUUCUCCUGCUCCUGCUCCUUCCUCCUCCUCCUCCUGCUCCUGCUGCUCCUUCCUCCUGCUCCUUCUCCUCCUCACCGGGGCCGUGUCCCUGACCCAGGGGACCGGUUGGACAUCGGGACGAUCCAGCAGCACCUGGACUCGCUGCAGCUCCGGGACGGCACCGGGACCCCCCCCGGGACCCCCCGCGCCGGGACCGCCCGAGCCCGAGCAGGGCUGGCCGUGCCCCACGUGCACGUUCAUCAACAAGCCGACCCGCCCCGGGUGUGAGAUGUGCAGCUGUGCCCGUCCCGCGGGGUACCGGGUACCGGGGGGGCACCGCCCCGACCCCAUAGAGAGACAGCGGCUCCAGAGGGAGCGGGACGGGGCACGGCAGUGCCAGCAGGCCCUGGAGGCGGAGCGGCAGCAGAACUUCCAGCAGCUGCUGCGAGCGGAGGAGUCGGAGCUGGUGCCGAACCCGGAGCCCCUGGAAUGUGGGAUCUGCCUGCAGGACGUGCCGGCCGGGCAGGGGGUGCUGCUGCGGGACUGCCUGCACAGCUUCUGCAGGGAGUGCCUGCGCCAGGUGAUCAACUACAGCGAGGAGCCGCUGGUGGGGUGUCCCUUCCGGGAUGUCACCUACACCUGUGCCAGUCACCUGCAGGAGAGGGAGAUCCGAGCGCUGGUGUCCCCCGAGGAGCACCGGCGGUUCCUGGAGCGGGGCCUGGCUCUGGCCGAGCGGCGCAGCCAGAACAGCUUCCACUGCCGGGGCCGGGACUGCCCGGGCUGGUGCUUCUACGAGGACGCCGUGAACGAGUUCCCCUGCCCCUUGUGCGGGGCCCUCAACUGCCUCCUGUGCAAGGCCAUCCACGAGGGGCAGAACUGCCGCCAGUACCAGGACGAGCUGCAGCUGCGGGCGCAGCACGACGCGGCCGCGCGGCAAACCAGCGACAUGCUGCAGACGCUGGUGCAGCGGGGGGAGGCCAUGCACUGCCCCACGUGCCGCAUCGUGGUGCAGAAGAAGGACGGGUGCGACUGGAUCCGCUGCACCGUGUGCCAGACCGAGAUCUGCUGGGUCACCCGCGGGCCGCGAUGGGGGCCGGCGGGCCCCGGGGACACCAGUGCCGGGUGUCGCUGCAACGUGAACGGGCAGAGGUGCCACCCCCGGUGCCAGAACUGCCACUGACCCCCCCGGGCCACCCCCGUGGGGACGGGACGGGCACAGGGACCCCCGGGGACCCCGAGGGACGGGACGGGCACAGGGACCCCCG